UUUUAAUACCAAACAAAUAAAGUAAACAAAUCUAAUCUAAUCUUAAUUUAUUUUACAAUCUAUAAUUAGAAUUAAAAAUUGUGCAAAUAACUAUCACGUUUUGGUUAAUUUAAUUUGCUAUUAAAGUAAUGAAUUUAACUAGCUAAUUGAUUUAAAUCCCCUAUUGCCUAAUUCCAUCUAAUGAAUACCAACAUUUUAACCUUGUAAAGGACUUAAUAAUGAUGAAGAGUUAUUUCCGGCGUUCAGAAGCAAGGAUUUUUAACAAAAUAAGAUUACAAGAUGGCGAUGAUGGAUUUUUCGAAAAGUUUGGAUCGCUUUUGCGGCAAAAAUCACAAAUUGAUGAAUGCGUCCUGAAAAGUUCACUGGCUCCGUUUGAGGAAAAUGGUAGUGCCGAGACAGAGGAAUCAGAUGAAACACCAGAUGGCACUCUGCAAUGUAGUCAGGAUCCGGAGUGCAUCAGUAUCGAUACCUUUGCCACAGAAAGUACCCUAGCAUCGACAUCUGAAAAUGAUAUCAGUACAGCAGUUCUGGAUUCGGCCCCUGUAAUGAAUGUUACAGAUCUGUAUGAAGAGAUCUUAUUUGAAAUUUUCAACAAUAUCGGCUGUGAAAACAACGAAGAGUGCACAAACGGUUUAAUUGAGUUUGUUCAGGAUGCAUUCAAAAUUCCUAACGCAACUCAUGUGGAAAUUUGUGAGGCGGCGCGACUAAAGGAACCGCCCAAUGUUAGAUUAAAUGUCGAGAUUAUAAAGGCCGAGAACUUAAUGUCUAAGGAUUCUAAUGGCUUGUCUGACCCAUUUGUAACCCUCUACUUAGAAUCUAAUGGAUCCCAUCGAUACAACUCAUCAGUUAAGCCUGCCACAUUAAAUCCUAUAUGGGAGGAGCACUUCUCGCUGCCCAUUACUGAUAAUGCUCGUGACGAAGUUCUUAUCGUUGAAGUCUGGGACUUUGAUGCCGCGGAGACGGUUAAAGAAAAAGUCAACAAAAUCCUGGAUGUGAAAGGUGUAAAGGGUCUUAGUAAGUUAAUGAAAGAAAUAGCUGUUACCGCUUCAUCUGGAAAACAUGACAAUGAGUUAAUUGGAAGAGCUGCCAUUACUUUGAAGUCUAUUCCAGUUUCUGGCCUAACCGUUUGGUAUAACCUGGAAAAGGGAAGCAAGGGCCGGAGUCGAGGUUCACUUUUGGUGAACUUAGCUUUAAGUGCAGAGAAGAACAAAAGUGUAGCUGUCCAGGAGCACAAGAAUUUGCUAAAACUUUUGCUGAUGUACGAGCUAGAAACGUCGCAGGUGGCCAAUUACUGGUGGAGUGGAAAGUUCAGUCCAAAUGCCGAACUUAUUCGAUCCCAACAUGCUGCCCAGAGUGGCCUUAGUCCCUUCGAAUGCGCCCUUAGUCAAUGGCAUGCCUACAGCACCAUCCAUGAAACACACAAACUCAAUUUCACACUUUUCAAUUCUAUUCUGGACGUAGUAGUGCCAGUCAUUAGUUAUAUGCAGAAUGAUUCAGAAGAUGUUAAAACAUUCUGGGAUGGAGUGAGGCGGCUUCUUCCCUCGUGCUUCGCAGUCUUACGGAAAUUAAGAUCCAAAAACACUAGUGAUAAAAAUAUAGUGAGGGCACUCAAUGAAGUGCUAGAUAUUCUAAAGAAAAUCAAGGAACUGGAAGUUCCAGAAAGUGUGGACAUUUUCCCCAAAUCAGUUUACGGUUGGAUUCACACAAACGACACCGAUGAAACGUGCAAUAUUGACACUGCCAUAGUGGAUGCCAUCAAUACCGGAACAAAGGAAUGGCUGGAGCAUAUAGUGGAGGGCAGCAGGCAAUCCAAAAACACAGAAACAGAUGAUGAGAAGCUACAAUACAUUAUCAAACUCAUACAAAUGGUUCGCGCUGACCUUCAACGUGCAAUGGAAUACUUUGAUAAAAUUUUUUACCACAAAAUUCAGAUUAACUAUUCCGCAAUCCUCUAUUUAUUCUAUGACUCGAAACUUGCUGAAAUUUGUAAAUCCAUUAUUAUAGAAGUGUGCAAUAACAUUAAGAGAUUGGAUGUGCCAGACGAUCAAUUCUUAUAUUUACCCAACCUUGAGAAUGUAAACAUGGGAACAACAUUAUUCGAAGUCUACUUAAUACUCAAGCGAUACGUCCAAUUGGGAGAAUCUCUUUGCUCCGAGAGCCUGGAACUGUCGAAUUUCUAUCCCUGGUUCGAAAGAGGAGUUACUCACUGGCUUGAUAUUUCAAUAAUUAAGGCUUUAAGUCGUAUCCAGAAGGCGAUUGACUUAGAUCAGUUAAAAGCUGUUGACGAAACUGUGAAAUAUAGUUCUUCAGCAGUGGAUACACUUUCUAUAUUCUAUCAAAUUAAGAUAUUUUGGCAACAACUUGACUGGCCAGAAGUCGAGGGUUCCUACAUAUUUGUAGCCAAAAUUGUUAAUGAUCUUUGUCGGUGCUGCGUAUUUUAUGCCCAACAGAUGUCCCGCAGAGUCGAAAACAUAUUUCUAGCUGAUGAUAAUAAUAAGAAUUUCACUUUGUCGGAAGAGUGGUGCAUAGCCAUUAACAACAUGGAUUACAUUCGCCAAACCUUACCCUCAUUUAUAAAGGAACUCAGCAUUGAUGAUAUAAUUAAGAAAUUGGGAGAGUAUCGAACAAAUCUAGAGGCAGAACGAUGCGCGAGCACCAUAAAAACGGUAAUUGAAAAUGCUUUGGACACCGAACGCAAUCAGAUUGUUGAGCUUAUAGAGAUUGUGGCUCGGAAAAUGGCACCGCCAAUCAAAAGAUAUUUGGCCGAAGGGGCUGAGGUGCUCGCCAAGGAUUCCAACUCCAUGGACCAAUUAAUGAUGUACUUGGAAGCCUCGUUGACCACACUUUAUGAUACUCUUAACGAAAUUAACUUCCAAAGAAUAUUGGAUGGCAUUUGGUCUGAGCUGUCAAUUAUAAUGUAUGACUUGAUUCAAUCAAACCUUGACAAACGCCGACCGCCAGCUUUCUUCCAAAACCUUAACAACACUCUACAGACGAUGAUGGAUUGUUUUAAAAUGGGAAACAUUCAAACUUCGGACGUUAAGAUUUUGUCUUCAAUUCAAAGUAGACUAAGACUGUAUUCCCUGGAAACGGCAGAUCUUAUUCAUCAGUAUUACCUGGAACGUCUGGAAAACCAAAAGAGUCAAGAGUCAUCUCCCUACGGACAACUCACUGUUACGGCUCAAUUAACUGAUUCCGGAUUAUUGUUAACUAUUUUAAACGCACGUAACCUACUGCCAAUGGAUUCGAAUGGCUCAGUGGACUCAUUUGUUAAAGCUAGUUUCAUGCCCACAAGCAGAUUCAAUGAUCUAUCAACAGUGAAGACUAACGUCCACAAUAAAAGUUGUUUUCCACUUUACGAUCAGGAGUUUCGUAUAAACUUAAGUGAGCAACAGCGGAGUGAAAAAAAUAGUCUUAUUGUAUUCAGUAUCAAAGAUAAAGAUUUAUUCGGAAUGUCGAGCCAGUAUAUAGCUGAGAGCUAUAUAUCUUUCGGAGAUCUCGAGGCUACACCACCAGGUGAACAAAUUAUGAUGAAUUUAUCCAGACCAGAAUAUACAGAUUCCGAUUCGCUUCGAGCCCUGGAAUACAGAUUAGGUGAUAAACAGGCCAAGGAUUUCCUUAAAAAAUUGAAAAACCGAUCCUUUUCUUAAGUUGUGAAACGUAAUCGGAAUACUACGUUGUAAAAGAAAGCAAUAAAAAUUAAUUUUUAUAUUUUCUACGGCGGUCGUACUAAAAAUCAAAGAAAAAGUGUUUAAUUUGGGAAAAAAGGCAAAAAGUACACAUUUGCUUGACAAUUAUUUUCUUUUACUUUUAUUGGAACAGAAACCAACACAGUACUUUAGGUAAAAAUACAUAACACUCACUUUUUACGAUUUAAGAGUUAUUUUCGGAGUUUAUCGUUUGUAAUAAAUAAUAAUUAAAUGGUAUACCUAUUAAAUUA